AUGGCUUUAAUUUCAUAUCGUCUGAGGAAAAACCCAAUUAUCUUGGUUGUAUUUCCAAUAAUUUCCAUUUUUUUCUUUUAUAUUCUUUUCUUUAGAGAUGAACAAUCAGUUUUAGGUCUAACAGGAGGUUCAAUUGUAAAUUAUAAAUGGGCUCAUGAAUUAGAGAAUACUUUUUAUUUCCCUUUUACAAGUAAAUAUAAGAUGCCAAAAUAUUCUUAUAAAAAAAAGACUAAUUGGUUAUUCAAUCGUCAUGUGGAAGAUAUAAUUCCAGAAAAUCAUAUUGCUCAUUAUGAUUUGAAUAAAUUACAUUCUACUUCUGAUGCUGCAGUUAAUAAAGAACAAGUUUUAAUUCUAACACCAAUGCAAACUUUCCAUGACGAAUUUUGGCAAAACUUGUUACAAUUGACUUACCCAAGAGAAUUAAUUGAAUUAGGGUUUAUAUUACCUAGAUCUGAUUCGGGUGAUGCAGCUUUGAAAGCUUUAGAGGCUGCUGUUAAAAAAGUACAAACUGACAAGAAGAAUCAAAGAUUCUCCAAGAUUACAAUCUUAAGACAAGAUUCUCAAGGGUUUGGACAAUUAAUGGAAAAGGAAAGACAUGCCCUUCACGUUCAAAAGGAAAGACGUGCAGCCAUGGCUUUAGCAAGAAAUGAAUUAUUAUUUUCUACUAUUGGUCCACAUACUUCUUGGGUACUUUGGUUAGAUGCUGAUAUUGUAGAAACUCCACCAACUGUUAUCCAAGAUAUGACAGCACAUGAUAAAGCUGUAUUAGCUGCUAAUGUUUAUCAAAGAUAUUUUGAUGAAGAAAAGAAAGAAAAAAGUAUUAGAGCUUAUGAUUUUAAUAACUGGCAAGAAAGUGAUACAGGUUUACAAAUCGCUGCCGGUAUGAAUGAUGAUGAAAUUAUUGUGGAAGGUUAUAGUGAAAUAGCAACCUAUAGACCUUUAAUGGCACACUUCUACGAUCCAACUGCCUCAGUUAAUAGCGAAAUGAUGUUGGAUGGUGUUGGUGGUGGUUGUACAUUAGUUAAGGCCGACGUUCAUAGAGACGGUGCAAUGUUCCCAAAUUUCCCAUUUUAUCAUUUAAUUGAAACAGAAGGUUUCGCAAAGAUGGCAAAGAGAUUAAAUUAUGAAGUAUUUGGUUUACCAAAUUAUUUAGUUUAUCAUAUGGAAGAAUUCAAUAAUUGA